ACUAAAACUUUACCAACAAAAAAAAGUUGAGAAACUAAAAUAUGUAAAACUUUUGAGGUACUAGGGCGAGCGCGAAAAGUACAAAUACAACAACAGAAAACUGAAUACUGAAGAGAGAGAGAGAGAGAGAGAGAGAGAGAGAGAGAGAGAGAGAUGGAGAAGAGGGUGUCAAUUCCACUCUUGCUGUUGGUGAUGUUCUCACUCGAAAUCACUGUUCAAGCAUCGUCAUCCUCGGCAGAGAAGUGGGUCGUUGAUGGAAAGGUUUUGGAGUUGGACGAUUCAAACUUCGAUUCCGCCAUUGCCGCCUUCGACUGUGUAUUGGUCGACUUCUACGCUCCCUGGUGUGUCCAUUGCAAACGUCUUUCCCCCCAGUUGGAUAUAGCUGCCCCUGCACUUGCUGCUUUGAAGGAACCUAUUGUGAUAGCUAAAGUAGAUGCAGACAAGUUUAGGUGGCUUGCUACGAAAUUCGACAUUGAUGGAUUUCCUACUCUGAAGAUCUUUAUGCAUGGUCUCCCAAUGGACUACAAUGGACCUAGGAAAGCAGAUUUACUUGUUCGUUAUCUAAAGAAAUUUGUGGCACCUGAUGUUUCUAUACUUGAUUCAGACUCUGCUAUUAGUAACUUUGUUGAGGCAGCUGGAACUUACUUUCCCAUAUAUAUUGGGUUUGGCUUGAAUGAAUCUGUUAUAUCAGAUAUGGCUAAAAAGUACAAGAAAAAAGCAUGGUUUUCUGUGGCGAAGGAUUUCUCAGAGAACAUGAUGGUCUUGCAUGAUUUUGAUAAAGUUCCAGCUUUGGUGGUCCGUCAUCCUAGUUACGAUGAACAAAGCGUCUUCUAUGGCCCUUUUGAUGUGGAGUUUUUGGAAGAUUUUGUAAAGCAGAAUAUGUUUCCUUUGGUUAUGCCCAUAACCUAUGACACAUUAAAGUCGUUGGACAAUGACGAAAGGAAAAUUGUUCUGACAAUUGUAGAGGAUGAAAACGAUGAGAAGUCAAAGAAACUGAUCAGGAUAUUGAAGUCUGCUGCAUCUGCAAAUCGAGACUUGGUAUUUGGUUAUGUUGGUAUCAAACAAUGGGAAGACUUUGCUGAUACAUUCGGGGCCAAUAAGAAGACAAAACUGCCAAAAAUGGUUGUUUGGAAUCGGAAUGAGGAUUACCUUACUGUUAAUGGCUCAGAAAGCAUUGACGAAGAAGACCAGGCAUCGCAAGUAUCGCGAUUUCUGGAGGGUUACAGGGAAGGGAGAACAAUAGAGACAAGAAUUAGCGGUCCAUCAAUGCUUGGCUUCAUAAAUUCACUAUUCAGCGGCAGCAAUGCUGUGUACCUAGUAUUUUUCGUGGUUGCAACUAUUUUUGUAAUACAAAGCAUCAGAGGAGAUGAAGAACCUCCCAGGGUCAGCACUCGAGACGAAGUGAAUCAAUCUAGCACUAGCAGUUUUGUCCCUGAAACUGAAAGUAGUGAAUCUAGAUCAGGACAAAAGGAAGACUAAAUAAAUAAAUACUCUUCUAGUUCAUAAUUUUAUCAUAAAUUUCUUAAUUAUAGAUUAUGCUUUGGAUUAGGAGCUUCUUACAGUGUAAUUAUUUGUUUGAGACAAGUGACUGCAUAAUGCUUUUUUAUUCAUGUUUUGCACUGAAAACUUACAAGAAAAUCAUUCAAAGUUUCAAUUUUAAUUUAAGUAAUACUUUUGUAUA